AUGGCUAGUCGCUACACUGGCAAAGCAAAUCAAGGCUGGAGUUAUGAAAGUGAGGCUAUACAGUACUUCCGUUCCCUAGAGCUAUUUCGAGAAGAGGCCUGUGUCGAAUUGACACUUCUUGACGGCGAACUAUGUAGGAGGGCAUUCUGGGUGCUCUCAGACAAGCAGCACGAUAUCUAUCCUGAGAAUGCUGCAGAUAGCACCUACACCCCGGCAGACUCGACACAGUCCAAGUUGACCAUCAGCUUGAGCGCCAAACUUCGCAUCAUCAGAAAGUUGCAAACCACCGUCGAGAAGUUGCCGAAGGAACUAAAAUAUCUACCCUGGAUCCUCAGCUCUUACACUCGCAACGCUACUCUUCCGAAUCUGUCGUAUGCGCGCAUCAUUUCGAUACCAUGA